AUGAUAUUAAUAAAAAGAAAUAAUUAUAAUUUUAGUAAAGCAUUUAAAAUUCUAAAUAGCUAUUAUAAUAAAUGCCUAUAUACAACCAAUAUUAUCAAUAAUAAUAAACAAACACCAAAUAAUAAUAAAUUAUUAAAUAUUAUUAAUAAUAAUAAUAAAUCAAAAAAUAAAAGUUUAUAUUUAAAUGAGGUUAAAGAGAAUCCAAAUAAUUCAGUAGCAUUAUUUAAUUUAGCAAGUAGUUUAGAAUCAAAUGAAUCAAUUAAAGUUGAAACUAAAGAUGGAUCAGUAUCAGAAGAGAAUAGAAAAUCAAUUUAUUUAAAGAUUUUAAAUCUUGAAAUUAAUGACGAAAAUAGAGCAGAUAUUUCAAACUCAUAUAAUAAUUUAGCGUAUCAAUAUAUGGAGGGUAUUCCAACAAUAGAUUUAUUAAAUGGUGAAAAAAAGACAAAAAGAGAAUUAUAUUUAAAAUCAAUAGAGUUAAACAAAGACAAUUCGCCAUCCUACAAUAAUUUAGCAAAUACCAUGCAUCCAAGCGAGACUGUACACGUAAAUGGAAGAGAUUGGAAGAAAAGAGAAUUAUAUUUAAAGUCAAUCGAGUUGGAUCCACACGAUUCAAAUGCCUAUCACAAUUUAGCAAACUCGCUGCAAUCCUCCAAUGAAGAGGUCACAUUAAAUGAUGGUGUUACAAAAAUGACAGCUAGAGAUUUAUACUUAAAAUCAAUUGAUCUUCAACCAUAUGGAUCAAACUCUUACUUCAACUUGGCAGUUUUAAUGGGAUCACCAGACGAGGUAGUCACUUUAUUAAAUGGCACAAAAAUGACAGAAAAGGAUUUAUAUUUAAAGGACAUUGAUGUCAAUGCAGCAUCCAAGAACGUAUCAUAUUCAUACAACAAUUUAGCUAAUUUAAUGCCAUCAUCCAACGAAGUGGUUCAUCUUUUGGACGGAAGACCAUUCUCAAAAAAGAUGUUAUAUUGCAAGGCUAUUGAAAUCGAUGGCACUAAUGUAGAGGCCUACAACAAUCUUUCCAUCCUCUUAAAAGAUAUAAACGAUCAAGUACCCAUCAAUGGCAAAGCAGUAUCAAAACUAGACUUAUUAAUCAAGCUUAUUCAAAUGGACCCAACCAACCCAAUUUACUACUAUAACACAGCAUUAAAUCUAGUAAAGUCAAACCAAGCUCAACAGGUAAUAAAGAUAAAUGGUGAUCGUAUGACUCCUUUGGAUCUAGUUGCAAAAUCAAUAGACUUAAACCCAAAAGAGCCAAAUUUCUUUAGAUUGUUUUCAAAGCUAAUGGAUAUAAAUGGUAUAGAGAAAAUAGUUUUACUCAAUGGGAAAACGAUUUACAACACUGAUAUAAAAACUAAAUUAAAUAUAAAAAGUGAUAAUGGUAUAUUUUCAAUUUUUAAAAAGCUAUUUUAA